AUGGUUUCCUCGUUGCACUGGUCUCAAUUCAUUUUCCUAGCAUUGCUAAUGGGAGAAAUAGCAGCAGCAACAACACCUGCGGCAAAGCCUGGCUGUCCAUCCCGAUGUGGGAAUGUGGACAUUCCAUACCCUUUUGGUAUGGGAGCCAAUAAAUCUUGUUAUUUUGAUGAAUGGUUUAAGAUUGACUGCAACACAACUAGCAACUCUACUAGAGCUUUCCUCGGCAAAAUCAACCUGGAGGUACUGAAUUUUUACUAUGAAAACUUCACUGUACGUGUUAACAGUCCCAUAAUUUCCUCCAAAUAUUGCACUGGUGGGAAAACAGGCCGAGCCGUGAAUUUGAUUGGAAGUCCUUUCAGCUACGCUGAUGAGAAGAAUUCAUUCUUCGCAUUAGGCUGCACCAACCCUUUUUUACUGACCUUUACUAAGACAGACCUUGUAGGCCUCUACAAGAAUCCUUGCCUUGGCAGGGACUGCUAUCAGGUCACAAUACGAUCGCCACUUCAGGAAUUUAAUUUAAGUUUUGUAGAUGAUAAUGAAAAAGGCAGAGAGAGAUGCAGGAGAGCUUUUAUGGUUGAAAAUGAAUGGAUUUUGUCCAAGGUCGAAGAUCCUUAUGAAAAAGUACGAGACAGAUAUUAUGUUCCUGUUAUUCUGGAGUGGAGUAUGAGCCCUGGGAUGUGGUUCCAUAUAUCCCCCAUUGUUCUUGAUGCCAUGUUUGACAUUGAUGAAUGCCAAUACCCAGAAGUAAAGAAACGUUGCCGUGGGACAUGUUGGAAUACGCGGGGAUCACACAAAUGUCAUCACCAUAAACACUGGAUUACGAUUUUAGUUAUCAGUGUCGUCUUUGGAGUAUUGCUUCUGGUUACUGGGAUAUGGUGGUUUAAAAAAUGUAUGAAAAGAAGAAACAACAUUAAGCGCAAAGAGAAAUUCUUCAAAAGGAAUGGAGGGUUACUGUUACAUCACCAACUUUGUUCAAGUCAUGGCAAUGUUGAGAAGGCAGAAAUAUUCAGUUUAAAAGAGUUGGAGAAGGCAACAGAUCAGUUUAAUGUAAACAGAAUUUUAGGUCAAGGCGGUCAAGGAACUGUUUAUAAAGGAAUGCUUGUGGACGGAAGAAUUGUUGCAGUUAAAAAAUCAAAGAUGAUAGAUGAAGCACAACUUGAAGAAUUCAUUAAUGAAGUUAUAAUUCUUUCUCAGAUUAAUCACAAGAAUGUGGUAAAGCUCCUUGGUUGUUGCUUGGAGACGGAGGUUCCUCUGCUUGUCUAUGAAUUCAUCCCCCAUGGAACUUUACAUCACUACCUCCAUGAACAAAAUAUGGAGUUUCAAUUGUCAUGGAAGAUGCGUCUACGCAUUGCCAUAGAAGUUUCAGGGGCCCUUUCCUACUUACACUCAGCAGCAUCUAUACCCAUUUAUCAUCGAGAUAUCAAGUCAACAAACAUUCUCUUGGAUCAAAAGUACAGAGCUAAAGUAUCAGAUUUCGGAACAUCAAGAUGUAUUGCUAAUGAUCAAACUCAUGUCACCACUGAUGUACAUGGAACCUUUGGAUACUUAGAUCCUGAAUACUUCCAAUCAAGCCAAUUUACAGAAAAGAGUGAUGUUUAUAGUUUUGGGGUAGUUCUAGUCGAGUUGUUGACUGGACAAAAACCUGUUUCUGAGACCAAGUCACGAGAAGGAAUUGGUUUAGCUGCACAUUUCAUUGUUUCCAUGGAGAAAGACCAAGUGUUUUCUAUAAUUGAUCCUCGAAUUAUGAUAGUUGAUGAUUGUGUUAAAGAGGAAAUUCUGAUAGUUGCUAACCUUGCAAAAAGAUGCUUGAAAUUAAAUGGAAAGAAACGACCUACAAUGAAAGAAGUAACAUUAGAGUUGGAGGGGAUUCGAAUUUCUCAAAAGAAUUUGAAUGUUCAACAAAAUAAUAAAGAAGGAAUUGAAUCCAUUAUCUAUGAUGCUUCUUCUGUUUCAAGUAGCUCGAGUUUUGGUGGGGUUAAAGCUUUUUCCAUAGACAUUGAAACAGAGUCGUUGGCUUGUAACCAAACUUGGUGA